CACAACAGGCCGACCGCGAGUUGUCGGCGCGAUGGGGGAAGACUUGUGUUGUUGGUGGUGCUGUUGGUCCCAGAUCUCCUGAACAUGGUCAACAGUCGGGACGGCGACAGGCUAGAGCACACGUGCUACUCCUUCCACCACUGUUCACUUGAGGAAAAGACACUCAAAGAAUAAGCUGUGGAAUUUCGCGUGGAAGAACGUGUUUCGAUUUCUUGUUUGCUUACUGGGACCGGUUGUUACUACACUGUGUGCUGCAUGACCUUCGACACUUUAGUAACUCAACUCGGAUUUUCACUUCGGACAAAUCGCACGGAAUAAUACUACUACUAUCACAAUGAGAGGCUCCUUCACAAAGCGAGGUCGCAAAUGCGAUGUUACUGUCACCAAAACGCAUCUCAAGUGUACGCUCAAGAACAAUCUUGGAUCUAACGUGUUAUGGAGCGUGAGCCUGGACGAUAUCCUCGCUGUGCAGACGCAGUCACGUGACAACAGUGAGCUCAACAGCGUGGUCGUGCACUACGCCGCCCGGGGCAAAGGUCAUUCGCUGACCUGGGCCAAACUCGUGCUGUCCGGUGACCCGGACCUUUGCAAAGAACUCAACAACAGCUUCGCCACCACACUGCCAGAGACACGGGGUCCGGAUGAUACGCCCAACGCCUUCCAGGAUGUGGAUUUCUCAGAACUCGAUGGCGUGUUGUGUGUUGGAGGGGACGGUCACUACUCCAAGGUGGUCACGGCGCUAGUGGACAAGCACCAGGAGUCUGUGGGGGCCGAUGUCAAAGACCCGGAUGCUGAACUGCGACCUCUGCCUUUCCCUGUCGGGGUCAUCCCUGGGGGGUCGGGCAACUACAUCCCCUUCUACCUCCACGGGAGCCGAGACCCCCUCACGGCCGCCAUUAAAGUGGUUCUAGUAUGACUUCGACUUCGUGCGGACAGAGCGAACCUCCAGGUUCAGAAUAUCCCUGCCCAAUGCCCAAACAACUACGUCUGCCACCGGAGAAACGUCAUUGGAGGAGCAUUUCUACCUGAACCUGGACGGAGAGGCUUUGCUCAUUCACAAACCUCACUUUGACGUCAGGUUACACACAGGUGUCGUUACUCUUUUCGGAACGCAGCAGCACAAGUGAUGGAACAGCUGGCUCCGCGGAGGGCAGACUGGCCCCAAAAUGUACCAUAGUCGUUCAACUCUUUAGUAGACUCUCGGCGAAUGCGAUGUCGGCGGGCUGCAUCGGACAAGCAAAGUUAUAAAUAUCAUGUGCCUGGUCUCUUUCUGUCCAUUUCAUGAUGGUAAAGAGCUUUCGGCAUACUUUUCAGUUAGACCCACGCGCGUACGUUGGUGUUUGUAGAAGACUUAGUUGCGUUUGGCUUAUCUGGCUUACGUACGGGCACGUGAUGUGGGUGGGGUGAGAUAACGUACCGUACCUACCACGAGUAUUGAGUUCGAAGUUUAGAUGAGAAUUGGCCUGUGCCAACCUUGGUGCAUGGGCGGGAAAAUGUUCGGGGUCUAAUUUCAGCAGCUUGGCAAAAAAAGUGAAAAACAAACUAUCAUCCCUAUCUUUUAAAUGGCAAACCUCCCAAAAAUUUGGGGGAUUUUAUGUGUUUGGUUGCUUUUUUUUUUUUUUUUUUUUUGCUAGGGUAACAAAGUACGUGCUGAAAUCCAAUUUGAAAAUGCUUUGCCGAUGAGCUUCAGUAUACGCAUCGUUUUCUUAUUAGAUAGAAGCGGAGACGUUAUGGCUGUAGAUUUCACUCUAGAGAGGGUAUCGCUGUACUUGACAGAAAUAGCCCCUGAUGGCCUUGGUGUAACUUCAAGUGUUUGUUAGGUAUUCCGGAUUUCUGAUUUUUUACUUUUGGGGGGGGAGGGGGUUUGGUUGGGGCUUUUUUUUUUUAGGAGGGGGGGUGCUUCAUAUAAGUUUUGUGUUGAAACAAGAUGCAGGCUUAUAAGACAAUCUGAUCCAUAAAUGCUGAAUCCCCACACACGCACAUCGCCACAGGGUCCGAAUGUUCAGGAUUAAUUUUUCAGAGCCAGUUGGUACCUCUGAUAGUUUGUAAAACUCGAUAGAGUGGUACCGCUAGACUUUCUCAAAGCCAGCUCUUGCCAAAAUGUCUCCCCCUCUAUAAGUGCUGCCACGCUCCUUUCUGGCGUCGUGAUGGUCUUCACGGGUCUCAUCAAGCAGCGUAAAAUUGUAGAUUGUCACCCAAAUGGUGCAAAAAACAAACUUAUGGCCUGCUUUCCAUGGUACCUCUUAGUUCCAGUUCAAUCUCAAUUUAAACUUUCGCUCAUAAAUUUUGGUACUUAUGCAGACAGCAAGAAAGCAGCUUACCUGAGUGCGAAACAGUGUUGUUCACAUUUAUGUUUCUGUUUGUGUAAGAUGGUGCGGUUUUAUUGGAAGUGUGAACUGGACAAAAGUUUCAACAGGUUACUUGAUUUUCUUCGGUAGAUUGUACAUUUUUUACUUCCCCAUCAACGCAGAUAGGCCUAUUGAUGUUCGACAUCAUGUAAACGUCUGAAUGGAGCCGAGGGCUUGUUCGAGACUGCCAUGCCUUAAGAUGGAAUAAUCUGUUGCGUCAAGCAUAAUAAACUCAUAAUACUUAAAUCUGCUUUGUGUCUGGUUGGGGAAAGGAGGGGGGGUUGUUGAUGGGAUGGCUGACACGAGUUGUUAAGAAGCAAAGGGAGAUUGAAUUGUUGUUGAAACAAUGAACUGGUUGUGUACUGUACAGCCUAAGCGUAUGGUGUAUAUUGAAAUACUCUCUUGAUGCUUGUGUGUGUGUGUGUGUGUGUGUGUGUGUGUGUGUGUAUGUCUGUGCGUGCAUGUGUGUGUGUACGUGCAUGUGUGUGUGUGUGUACGUGCGUGUGUAUGUUUGUGUGUGUGUGUGUGUGUGUGUCUGUGUGUGUGCUUGUUUACUUUACUGUACUGUACUUUUAGCUGUUGCAAUAUUGUAAUUUCAUGACUGUCAUAAAUGCGUUGGCUUUAGUCCAUCCAUCCGUUCAUGCAAAUGCAUCUCCAUGUUUAGUAGUUCAGAAUUAUCGAAAAACAGCAGGGUGCUCUCUUGGUUGAGAUUUUCAUAAUGAUAGGUACCUUGUUUCUUCCACACUAUCAUUAUUAUGUCUUCGUUUAUCCUGUCUCCAUGUCCUGAAAGUGCCAGAACACGUCAUUAAUUGCUAUAUUUCCCAUAUAAUAACCAAUUACUCAAGCAUACAGCACGAAAUAAUUUUGUAAUAUGUGCUGUUAUUUUUGUGCUUUUCUUACGUGUAUGUUGUUGGGGAUUUUUUAAGGGGAGGGGGGAGCAGGGGUUCUUUUGGAUUUUUUAUUUCUGCACAUUUCUAACAAAUAUUACAAUGUUAGUACUGCCAAUCUUACAUCGUAUUAUAUCUGUCAUCAAACAAUGUCUCAUAGCAAUGACUGGAAUAGAGAUGGUAAAAAAACGCAAAAAAUGAAACAAGCAG